AUGAAUGGAGAAAAUUGGGACAAUGAUGAAGAAGUCCAAGUUCCAUGGCCACUCAACAAAGCAGGAGGAAGGAAGCAGUCACAAACCAAAUACGUGGCAAGAAUUCUGAGAUUUGGUGAAGACACACGUGAACUGACGCCAUAUUUGAAAGCCGCUCAGGAUGGCAAGGAUGUACCCCUUACUGGUGAUUUGGAAUAUGGCAGAGGCAAGAGAAACAAACAGCCAAAGUCUUGGUCAUCAGACAGCAAGGAUGAAAGUGACGAGGAGACUCUAUCUGACAGACAGCAGAAGAAAAAGAGGAAAGUAAGCCGUACAGCUGUGGGAUAUGAUGCUCGGGCACAAUUGAAGGCCCAACUUGCUGCUCUGGGAAGAACUUCACCGAAAGAUACAUGUACAGAAAUGGAAUCCCUGAAGAAGGAAGUCCUCCAGUUGAGAGAGGAAAACAAAUCCCUUCGAGAUGCAUUGAGGGUUGUUGAAGAACUUCCUGGCCUGCUAAUGAAGAUGGACGACUUAUCACGUCAGGCAACAAUACUAUCAGCUCGACGUCCUGCUGUCGCUCUGCAGAUACCGACAACUUCUGCGAUUGGCCAAUCCGUACCAUCAACAUUGGUACAGACUACCGAGAGAUUGUCAGAGCCACCGUAUCCUUCAACGCCAACCAGUCACAGAUCUUUGCCAGUGCCAUUCAGGUCACCAACUGUGACACCGACACAGGCCCAUCUACGGCGGGUGUUUGAUUACGAGGUCGAUGAGGAUGGCCAGCAAUAA